CAAGGGAAAGUUUUACCAAAUACAAAUCCUGACUUGGCAUUCCCACACAGAUCACAUAAUUAACAAGAGUAACAAAAAAUAUAUAUACCAAAAAAAAUGGACUCUGACGAGACUUUCCUUACACAACGAUCCUUAGUCAUGGAUGUGAUGAGGCAGCUGGAUGACAUGCUGAAUGCCAAUAAAAUGGAUCAAGGAACCAAGGGCAAAGAGGAAAAGAAACCCGAGGUGGAUCCAUCAACAGGGGUUACAGAUACCAGUUUUGUGGUUGCCGUCAGGGAAAUGCGCAAGAAAUCCUCGAGACCCUUUAAGAAGGUCUUGAAGAGUUCCAAUCUUAACCAGAUUACCUUUAUGUGCCAGAUUGAUGUCACUCAGCAGUGUCGGGAGGAAGCUCGUGCUGAUCGCCACCGUGUAGCAGAAAGUUUUCGCAGAUUUGGCAAUGAAGAGUUUCGCCGUACCAACUAUGAAAAGGCUAUAUAUUACUAUUCGAAGGCUAUUCAGUAUGUGGUCGACUCGCCAGUUCUUUAUUGCAACCGUGCCUUAGCUAAAAUCAAGAAAAGGGACUUUAAGUUGGCAAUUAUGGAUCUAGACUAUGUACUUUUAAGACUGGACUCGCAUCACUUGAAGGCCUGGCUCUAUAAGGCCGGAGCUCUGGCUCGCCUUAAUAACGAGGCCGAGUCGCAGUAUGCAAUUUCGAAUGCUUGCCAGUUCAAUAGGACCCCAAAGGAUGUGAAGUAUAUAGCCAAUUUCUUGGAGAAACUCCGUACCGAAUUCUAAAACGAAUUUCAUGCUUUCUAUUCACCUUUAUUAAUGUUUUUAUUUUGGACUUUGAAUGCAUAUUGAAAAAUCACAA